AUGCUGGAGACCUGGGUUCAUUUCCUGGUUCACAAAGCCUGGAGAAGUGACUUUCACUUGCUCACUCACCUCCAGGGUAAAAAGGACCGAAGAAGAGGCAGCGUGGGGAGUCGUGGCUGGGAGCCGUGGAGGAAAGCGGUUCUGCCUUUGCGUCAAAUGCUCAAAUGCGGCACUCUGAAAGGCACUGCUGUGAUUCAGCUACCCAGCUUGCACUUGAAGCCAAAUGAAAUGCAAACUUGCCUUUCAAUAGCAAACCUCACUGAGGAAACGCCAGUUAGCGAUGGUGAGAAGUUUCAGCUACUGUAUUUUCACAUAUUCAGUUUUACCACUGAAAGUCCGUGA